AUGUCCAGCAGUGUGGGUCUGUUUUGUUUUUUUUGGGGGGGGGGUUAAUGUGUUUGUUACAGUGGGACUCGAACAGGAUAGUGUGUAUGUGUGGCAUCAAGGUGGGAUAUGAAACAGAAUCCUACACCUGGCAUCAGACCAUUGGUGUGUUUGCUGUCACUCACCCACUAAUUAGGCUAAUGUAAGAGCAGUCCUAAUUGGCCUUGGCCCAGGGGACAGGUUUGUCUGUGUCAGGUGUGUGUGUGUGUUUGUGGGAAUGGGCAUGCAUUUUGGUGUGUCAGUAUGUGUGUGCACUCAGGCGUGUCAGAUGGGAGAUUUACCUGUGGGUUGGGCCUCUAGGGUUACCCUCAUCAGGACAUCACCCAUCACCAUUACCCUUAUCAGGAAAUCACCCUACCCACCCUCAGGACAUCACCCUACCCACCCUCAGGACAUCACCCUACCCACCCUCAUAUAUAUAUAUAUCUAGAGAGAGAGAGAGAGAGUAACAGACAGGUCUUAGCUUUAGUAAUGUGAACCCAUAGCCUUCUGCUGACUUAUGGUGAUCAGGUAUCCCAAUCUCCAUCAGAGAUCACAGCUCCCAUUGUUUACCUCAGAGACUCCUCUGCCCCCUCUUCUCCCUCCCUCCAUCCACCCCUCUCUCCAUCCUUUCCUUAGUUUCCUUAGUUUCCUCACUGUGCUCUCCUCCCAUCUCCCUCCAUCCCUCUCUUCCAUCCUUUUCCUUCUAUUCUGAUGUCAUCUUUCUACACUCUUAGGAAAAAAAAGGUGUUAUCUAGAACCUAAAAGGGUUCUUCGGCUGUCCCCAUUGAAGAACCCUUUUUUGUUCCAGUUAGAGCAGUUGCUGCAUUCAACUGUCUAAACAUGUGAUUUUUCUGUCCUCCCGCCCCCGCCCCCAUCCUCUCCCCUCUCCCAGUAGCUAUGGAGUCGGCCAUCCAGACAGUGGUAGGAGUGUAUCUGAAGUCUGCCAAAGGGAAGGGCAGUCUAGGAGAAAAGGACUUCCAGGGCCUCGUCAAGAAUCAGCUGGGCAACAUCAUGACUGUAAGUUCCACCUAUCCCUGUAUCACUACUCCUCAACCCUAACCUCAACCACAAUCCUAACCCUAGCUUCAAUCCUCGACCACAACCCUAACCCUAGAUUCGUGUCCACAUCCCGGUUCAACCCGAACCCUAGCCUCAACCACAACCCUAACCCUAGCUUCAUCUCCACAUCUUCAACCCUAACCUUAACCAGAGCCAUAAUGCAAACCAGCACCAGGUGUUCUUGGGGAAGUGAUCUUUAAUGAUAGACUCUUUCUUUCUCUCUCGCUCUCUCUCUCUGUAUCCCUGCUCUCUUCCCCUCUCACCUCAUAGGGAACAGAAAGUUCCUCUGCGGUGAAAGAGAUGCGUCAGGGAUUGGACGAGAACGAUGAUGGGAAGGUCAGCUUCAAGGAAUACAUGACUCUGAUUGGCUACCUGGCAAACACCCUCAGCGAGCAGAGGACUGCAGCCAACACCACACCUGCCUCAUAG